AUGAAUUUGCCGAGGAGGCUUCAAGCCAUUCGUCCUCGGGGUUUCCGUUCUCAACGCUUAAGUUGCUAUACUCCGGCUGUCCAACAUUUGCGGCGCAUCUCAUUCUCGUCGCUAUUCAGCACAAUCGCUGCUAAAUCUAACUAUCGAGCAGCAGGGGUUCGCCUUGCCUCUUCCGAAACCACAUACCGUGUCAACGCUCUACGAAAUCCAAUGGCCACGGCACGGAAGAUUGAGCUGUCCACAUCUGACUCCGGUGUCUACUCCGCUGGGGUUAGAGAGGACGCUGCUCGAGCUGCUAGCGAAGUCUUGCAGGAGAAUCUAGAGAAGCACCAUAUUUACUUUAACGAUUCCGGAUUCCACAUGGUGAAAGAUCUCCAUGCUAAUGUAGCAGACCACAUCGUCCACCAUAUUUUAACCAUGUUUGCCCUCGGGGCUUCCCCGGAUGAGAUUAAGGCUGCGUUUGAAAGAAAUAAGAGUUACCAGAGGCCUGCUUUACCGGCCAAUGACAGUGUGGUUCAGUCCUUGUAUGACCAGGCUCGAUUCAAAGAAUGCCUUGGCAAACGAAACAAUUACCCCAAUUUCUUGGAAUAUUUCCAACGUGAGAUUGAAACGAAAGGUGUCGAGAACGUGGUUAACCAAUACAUUUUCGCCGGGGAUGAUCUCGCGGAAGAUAUGCUCGUAAGAUUGUUUGGAGGUCUCAUUCAUCCACUCAUCCACUUGGGGUUCGGGAUUGAGUUCAAUCAGCCUGCCAUCGUAGCAGAGGCCCUUGCCCAAGCUGCUACUCAUGAGGACUGGACUGGCCCAAUGUUUCUCUUACCCGCCGAAAAAGCAGCGGGGGGCAUUGGCAAACCUGGAAAGAAGACAUUGCUGCAAAUCCUGGAGGAAAUCCGCAACAAUGAGAAAUUAGCGAAUUCCGCGCAUUGGGACGAUGAGAAUAGGAUGAGGGACGGCGUCCUUGUACGAGCACCCGAUGAAAUGAUCAAGCAUGCUGCAGAAUUCACCAUCUCCGAGGAUCAAAUAGAAGAAAAGCUUGUCGAAAUAGUCGACACGGUUGCCUACUUCACAGCUACUGCUCAACGACCAUCCAAGCAGGUUAAGUUUGACUUCUUCUAUAUACAUGGCAUGAAUGCGACGAUAUUUCUCACCAAGUUCAUCUCACUUCCGUGGCUAGAGGUGCGCUCCAAGCUACGUCUCCUCGAAUGGAAAGGACGAUUGAACCUAUUGCUAUAUGUAUCUCGCAAUACACCCGAGCUGUAUCUCAGUGAUGUGACUGAGUAUCAGGCUUCGAGGACAUGGGAGGAUAUUUUCGCAUAUGCCAACGCACAUCCAAGAGAUGAUGGACAUAUUGGUAAAUUGGUAAGAGCUGUAGCGAACGGAGAGAGAGUCUGCCGUCCAUACGAGGCCAAAGCCAACGAUUUGGGAUUGACGAUCACCGGCGAUAUGUGGCUGAAGAUCGGGAAUAUGGUGAUGGAUUCAACUUCCGAUGAACAUUCCGUGUGGGUCCGUUCAACCGGGUUCGAUGGAGCGUGGGAGGAAUUUGAAGACCGCUCCCGUCUGUGA